AUGGCGACAAGAGCUGGGGUUCCACGGCGCGUACCUUCGGGCACUCUCCUUGUGAAGGACAUUGGGGUUCUGGCCACGUUCAGUGAAGAACACGGAGAAAUUGACAAUGGAGCCAUCUACGUCAAGGGCAACGUCAUACAGUGGGCUGGUCCAACAGACUCCAUUCCUGCAGAGUACUCCACUGCUGAUGAAGUCAUCAGCUUGCCAGACCGUGUGGUCAUCCCAGGGCUUGUCAACUCACAUCACCACAUGUUCCAGUGCCUCACGCGCUGCAUCGCGCAGGACUCCAAGCUCUUUGGCUGGCUGACCACCCUCUACUAUGCCUGGGUGCACAUGACGGGACAGGACAUAUACGUGGCAUGCAAGUUGGCAAUGGCAGAGCUCAUUCUGUCGGGGUGCACCACAACCUCAGACCACCUGUACAUCUACCCCAAUGAUGUCAAACUGGAGGACUCCAUCCGCGCUGCCAGGGAGAUCGGCAUCCGUUUCCAUCCGACCAGGGGGGCAAUGAGCCUGGGGGAGAGCAAGGGGGGCCUGCCACCAGACUCCUGCACAGAGGAGGAGAGCGUCUGCCUGGCAGACAUGCAGCGCCUGGUCGAGGAGUUUCAUGACAACAGCAGGUACAGCAUGUUGCGCAUGGGACUGGCCCCCUGCGCGCCCUUCAAUGUCACAAAUGACCUGAUGAUCUCCGCUGCCCGGCUGGCGCGCAAAUAUCCGGGAGUGCGCCUGCACACACACCUGGCAGAGAACCAGGAGGACGUGGACUUCAGCCUCAAGGUCUAUGGCUGCCGCCCCGGCCAGUACAUCAAGAAUGUUGAAUGGGAGGGAGAAGAUGUCUGGUUUGCUCACUGCUGCAUGCUGGAUGAUAACGAGGCAAAGCAGUUUGCCGAACAGAAGAUCGGCAUCGCUCACUGCCCCUCCUCCAACAUGCGCCUGGCCUCUGGCAUCGCCCCUGUACGGAGGCUGCUGGACGCCGGGGUGAAUGUGGGCAUGGGGGUGGAUGGCACAGCCUCGAACGACAGCAGCAACAUGAUCGCCGAAGUGCGCCUUGCCCUCUUCGCGCAACGGGCUGGCGGCUCUGUGGAAGCGAUGGAUGCAAGGGAGGCGCUGCGGCUGGCAAUCACCGGCGGGGCGCGCAACUUGGGCCGGGACGACAUCGGUAAGAUUGCCCCGGGCUUCGCCGCGGAUUUUGUCGGCUGGCGCACCGACACCAUCGGCUUUUCUGGCGCCGGGAAGGACCCCGUGGCCGGGCUGCUCUACUGCACGCCCUCCAUUGGCUUUGUGGACCUGUCAGUCAUCAAUGGGGAGGUCAUCGUGCGGGACGGCGAGCUGCAGACUCUUGAUCUGAAGGUGCGAGUCAGGGUCUCAUCGGGCUUUGCCAGGAACAUGCCUGCUGACCUGACAUUAUUUCUGUGA